UCAGGGCAACUGUGAGAAUCACACCGAGGAGAUGGGAACGGAGAGUCGCGGCCCUAAUUAAGCCAUUUUUAAAUAGAAGUCUUUAUCGUAUGUGGUCAACUCGGGUAAAUGCUGCCGCUGUUUACAUUUAUUGACAGGAAUAACUUCGGCUGGUAAACAAUCCAGGGGCCCGGGCCUCAGUCCGCGGACUUGAGUUGAACAGCCAUCCGACAUCAGAGCGAGUGAGUCGGUGUGAACAGCAGAGCCCGGCUGCACAUCAUGGGCGACAGCAGAGAUUCUCGUAGUCCAGACAGCUCAUCCGUUUCCUCGCCACCAUCAGGUCAGCGUUCGCCCCCGUUGGCCCCUUCAGCUGCCGCCAUGACUUCCCUGCCACCCAUCACUUCAGCUGUGAACAGUCCCAUCAGCAGCAUGGGCUCACCCUUCUCGGUCAUCAGCUCCUCUCUGGGUUCUCCUUGCCUUCCUGGAACUCCCUCCGUAGGCUACGGCCCCAUCAGCAGCCCACAGAUCAACUCCACCGUGUCCAUGUCCGGUCUGCAUGCCGUCAGCAGCUCCGAUGAUGUCAAACCGCCCUUCGGUUUGAAGCCACUGUCCACCCACAGCCCUGGGCCCAUGGUCUCUCAGAAACGCUUGUGUGCCAUCUGUGGAGAUCGAUCCUCUGGCAAGCACUACGGUGUGUACAGCUGCGAGGGCUGCAAGGGCUUUUUCAAGCGCACUGUGAGAAAGGACCUGAGCUACACAUGCAGAGACAAUAAGGACUGUCUGGUGGACAAACGCCAGAGGAACCGCUGCCAGUACUGCCGCUACCAGAAGUGCCUGGCCAUGGGGAUGAAGAGAGAGGCCGUUCAGGAGGAGCGUCAGAGGAACAAGGAGCGGGACGGAGAGGUAGAGUCCACCAGCGCUGCCAAUGAAGAGAUGCCCGUGGAGAAAAUUCUGGAGGCAGAGAUGGCUGUGGAGCAGAAGACUGAGCUGCAUGCCGACGGCAGCUCAGGGGGGAAUUCGCCAAACGAUCCAGUCACAAAUAUCUGCCAAGCGGCUGAUAAACAGCUGUUCACUUUGGUGGAGUGGGCAAAACGGAUCCCUCAUUUCAGUGAGCUGUCUCUGGAUGACCAGGUCAUCCUCCUGCGUGCUGGCUGGAAUGAGCUACUGAUUGCGUCAUUUUCUCAUCGCUCCAUCACUGUGAAGGAUGGCAUUCUGCUGGCCACCGGCCUCCACGUGCACAGGAACAGUGCUCACAGCGCUGGGGUGGGAGCCAUCUUUGACAGGGAGAGUGCGCACAAUGCAGAGGUUGGGGCCAUAUUCGACAGGGUGCUGACGGAGCUGGUGAGCAAGAUGAGGGACAUGCAGAUGGAUAAAACAGAGUUGGGUUGCCUGAGAGCCAUCAUUCUCUUCAACCCAGAUGCAAAGGGAUUGUCAAGCCCAAGUGAAGUGGAGUUACUGAGAGAGAAGGUCUAUGCAUCGUUGGAGGCUUAUUGUAAACAGAGAUACCCUGACCAGCAGGGCAGGUUUGCCAAGCUCCUCCUCCGGCUGCCAGCGCUGCGCUCCAUUGGCCUAAAGUGCUUGGAGCACCUGUUCUUCUUCAAGCUGAUUGGAGACACCCCAAUCGACACCUUCUUAAUGGAAAUGCUUGAAGCGCCGCAUCAGCUCACCUAACCUGGACCAGUCUCGAUCCAGUACAAUCCGGUUUGCACCAGGGUAUCGCAGUCCCCCCCGCCCUGGACUCUGGGGCUUUACUGUGUUUCACUUCCCAUUUAACACCUUCCCCCCACAAUUCUCUCCUACACCUCCUCCCUACCGCACCUUCAAACCAGUACAGCCCUGAAAAAAAGACUCUUAAGCUGUCUGAAAAGAAAAAAAAAACUUCCAUGUAACGUUUUACACAGUAUGAGCUGUCCAGAGAGAUCUUAUUUUUCAAAUUCCCUGGAGGUUCUAAAUCAUAAGCUUCGGUUUAAAGACUUCGGCUUCCAGUUUUAGAACUCUCACAUUGAUUCUAGAGAUCUCCGUGUGUCGUUUUUUGGUUUGUAUGUUACUCUGAAUGCACGAACUGUACUUUUUUUUUCGUUUGUCACUGCAGUUAGACGGCCCGUCGGCUGAAUUUACAGUGCAUGUGUGACCGGGGCGAGAAUCCGCCGAGCCCUUUGGCUGGUACGAAUCGAGUCGCGGCAGACCUGCCCGUUCGUUUUUGACUGUGGAAUACUGCUAACGUGCUAUCUUUAGGAUUUUUACCUUGAAAAUCCUACUUUGUACUGUACUCAUGAAAUGAGUCCGAUUUAUAAACGGCAUUGGAAAUUCUCAGCCUGCUGCAUCUGGCCCUUAUGAAACGCAGGCUGGAGUUUUACAUUUGUGAAUAAAUGUAUGCAGGUUUUGUGGGACAUGAGUUUUCGAUCAUGCUCCAAGGAGGGCCUAAAGGCACAGAUUAAAUCUCGCAGGAGAAUCCUGCUUUUUUUUGGUGGCAAUAGGAGGGUCGACCUUGUUCUUCAUUUGUGUUGUUUUUAAAUAGGUCGGUUUUGGUACCUUCUAGAGGACCUUACACCUUUGCCAUUUCUUAAUUCCCCCAAGUUUCUUUCAUCCAUUUUGUCACCAAUUCCUCAAAUGGGAACCAAAUCGCACCAUGCCCCCCAAAAGACAAAUAUUUAUAGUGUGUAUGUGUGCUGUGAAGUAUGUCCAACCACUCUGUCCUUUCCACGUGAUCGGUGUAGCAGGCCUUUUUCUUUUGUUAAUGUCAUCAGGCUUGUUUGGAAUUAACUGGUACUAACUUUGGCAUAGUAGGAAACAUCUGUGAUUCUGGUUUGUUUAAAGGCUGGAAUACACUACACAAUUUUUAAGUCAAUUUUUAUCCCAAUUAACAGUCUGGAGGAGUUGAUGCUAGUUGGUGAAAGUUUGCCACAUAGUGUUUGGGCGCAGUGUUUUUGAGCUCCAGACAAUGAUUCCAUGCACUCAGAAAAUAUCAAAAAAUUCUGAUAUUUUAAGCCAAUUUUAGAAUGUACAAGAUGCCCAGUUUUUCCUCUGUCACCAUUUACACAUUUCACAAGUAAUAUCAUGCCUAAUCUGUUCAGAUUUAGUGUAUUCCAGCCUUAAUGUCUCAUAGCAGAAUCACUUUCUACAUUCCAUCAUACAGGUUGCUUCCCUCACAGCAACUCUAACUAAAUCUUGCAAUGUUGAAAGCAUCCGUCUUACUUAACGGAGACUAGGGUCAUGUAAGAGUGCUGCGUUCAAUCUGAAAGGUCGACGUGUCAAAACCAGCAUCUCAAUCUCUAUGCAUUUAUGUGAGAGCGAUAGUCUUGGAGAAAGACUGAACAUGCCAUCAGGGAAAGAAUUCAGGCCAUUAAACAAUCCAGCAAAUGCACCAGUAUUGAUAGUGGGUACCAUAAACCCAGUUGGUUACUGUGGCUCAAACCAAGUAAUUUUAGGCGGAAGACUUGCGAUCAAAUACUGACAGUAUUUGAAGUUUUUAUAAAGACGAAUAGCUUGAGAUUGCACAUGGUCCCACCUGUUUUGGUGCUAAUAAUGACAACGGUUAGACAUGCAUGUCCAAAAUAGGCGCACAGCUGUGGUCGAAAUAUGCAAUUUCUUCAAUAAGCUUGAAUUUGAUAUGCCAAUUGUAGUAUCCAGCUACUACAGAUUCCUAUUACUAUCUGAACUCUUGUACUCAAGUGUUUUAUACAUCCAUGAGGUGCUUAAAUUUAAUAUGAUCGUGCCGAGCAUCAGAUUCGAUUGCUCACAUGGACUGAUGGAUUGUAUUGUAAUCCAUAAUGCAUUAGCCAUUGAUGUGACUGAAUUCAGACUUUCAAUGUUGGAUCUUCUAGUUUAACUUCCCUACGUGUAGGAAGAAUCCUAUUUUGAGUCUUUUUAGUGUGAUCAACAACUGACCUCCGGUCCUUAAAUUUGGCUUCCCAGUAGUUUAGAGUUUUCUGUAUUUUUUUUGUGCAUGUUUUGUCUACCCAGUUUCCAUUUAUCCAGGAAUUGAAGCUAAUUGGGUUGGGGUUGGUGUUGAUGGUCUGCUCUAUAUCUGAACGGAGGGAAGGCUCAUUUGAUUGUGCACCUAUGCUUGUGUUUCAUGUGGGUUGUCAGUCACCCUAUGGGUGUGUGUGUGUGUGUGUGUGUGUGUGUGUGUGUGCACACGAAUGUAUGCGUGUAAGUCCGACGUUAAAGAUGCAUACAAGAGUCGUUCCUUGAGAAUGGAGUGCAAUGGCCCCCGUCUCCUAUUACUUGAUUGCAGUUUGCCAUAAUCGACUUUCGCUUGACUAUAUAUUAAUCCAGAUCAUACGCUGUGAGCUUGUGUGUUCGUGUGGCCGACCCUCCCUGUCUUUUGGGGUCCACUUUUAAUUUCUCUCCCUGAAAAUUGUUACUUUUUUCAUAAUUUCACCUUUUGACGGCUCUCUAGGGUUCAUAAAAACUAAUAACAUAGGCCUUGCACAGGUUUUGUACCAUAACCCCUGAAUUACCCGUGAUGCACCUGAACUGAUUCAGCACUGCCAAACAGGUGUGAGGAGCGACUAACCCCUACUGGUUGACUGUGUACUGUGACGAUCACUAAACAGAGCCCCUAUUGCAACUAUUUAUACAGAGCUGAGUCAGAGAUCCGGAGGGUUCUGUUAGUGCGUUUUUGUUUUUUUUUUUUUUUUUUUUUCUCUCUUCUAAGGCCUUGUUGCUGCAAUUUUUUCGUCAGACGCGGGAAAGCCCUCCCGUUUGCGUAUCUGAUGCCGAGCGGCACUCUGAAAUAUGCACAGUGCAAACUUGAAUUAAUCUCUGCCUGAGAAUGAAGUGGUUAUGCACGUUACCGUCUGAGAGCUGAUUUCGCUUUUAUCUGCGUUUGUGGUUUAUCGCUGAAUGUUUGCUUCUGUAAAGAGAGAGAGAGAUUCAUAAGAUACGAGUGAAGUCAUUUGCUGUGAAGGUGAAGAAAGUUCAAACAGGUGAAUUGCACAAAACUUGUCAAGAAUGUGUGUGGGUCAUGCUUCACAAAAUCAAACGGAGGAAAUGUACAAUUAAGCUACCUUAAGAACCUUUUUUGCACAUUGCGCACAAAAUUAUUGCAUAAUAAUUGGAAUGAUGCAUUUAUUACAUUAAUAAGAUCCCUAUUGAUUUUGAGAUGUAAUGUAUGGAAGCCCGUUUCUGCCACGAAUAAAAAAAAUUAAAGGUAAUUGCAACUUUUUAUCUCACAAUUCUGACUUUGGUAGUGCGACUUUAUUUCUCAGAAUUUAGUUUAUUUCUGAGAGUUGCUGAUAUUCUCAGAAUUGCGAGUUUAUAUCUUACAAUUCUGACUUUUUUUUCAAAGAAUUGCGAGUUUACAUCUCACAAUUCUGACUCUUCUUUUUUUUUUCUCAGAAAUGACAAACUUGCAAUUGCAUGUUAUAAAGUCGCAAUUCUGAGAAAUGAUGGUAAUUCUGAGAAAUAAAGUCAGAAUAGCAAGAUAUAAACUCAAAAUUGUGACCUUUUUUUCCUAGAAUUGAGAGAGAAACUCGCAAUUGCGUGUUAUAAAGUCGUAAUUCUGAGAAAUGAUCGCAGUUCUGGAGAAAUAGUUGCAAUUCUGAGAAAUAAAUUCUCAAUUGUGACUUUUUUUUCUCAGAAUUGAGACAAACUCGCAAUUACGUGUUAUAAAGUCGCAAUUCUGAGAAAAAAAGUUGCUAUUCUGAAAUAUCGCAAUUCUGCGAAAUAGUCAGAAAAGCAAGAUAAAAACUCACAAUUGCGUGUUAUAAAGUCAUACAUAUAAAGUGAGACAUAAAUGCAAUUCUGAGAAAUAAAGUUGCAAUUCUGACUGUUUCUCAGAAUUGCAUUUGUCUCACAAUUGGGACUUUAUAACACUUCAUAACACAGAAUUGAGUUUAUCAUGUAGUUCUGACUUUUUUUCUGAGAAUUGAGAUAUUAACUCGCAAUUGCAUAUUAUAAAGUCACAAUUGCAAGACAAACUCACAAUUCUGAGAAGUAGUUGCAAUUCUGAGAAAUAAAGUCAGAAUAGCAAGAUAAACUCACAGUUGUGACUUUUCUCAGAAUUGAGAUAUAAACCCGCAAUUGUUAUAAAGUCACAAUUCUGAGAAAUAAACUCAAUUUACUUUUCUCAGAAUUAAGUUUAUAUCUCGGAAUUCUGACUUUUUUCCUCAAAAUUGAGAUAUAAACUUACAAUUGCGUGUUCUGAAGUCACAAUUGCAAGAUAUAAACUCAAUUGUGACUUUUUUUCUCGCCAUUGUGAGUUUUUAUCACACAGUUGUAAUUUUAUAAUACUCAAUUGUGAGUAGACAAGUCAGAAUUGUGAGAUAGAAACUAACUAUUCUAAGAACAUAUCAGUCUUUUUCUUUCUCCUUAAAACUAGACUUCAUAACUUGCAAUUGCGUGUAUAUAUCUCACAAUUCUGACUUUAUUUGAAUUGCGACCUUAUUUUAUCAGAAUUGCAGGUUUAUGUCUGAGAAUUGCAAGUUUAUAUCUUACAAUUCUGAUGUGUCAGGAGUCAGAAAUGUGAAGAACAUUUAAUUUUUAUUUAAUUUUUUUUUUCAGUGGCGGAAACAGGCAUUUCUGUGACCCAGACAUUUUUUUUUUUUUUUUUUUUUUUGUGAGACUCACCUGUUCAGGAUCAUGUUGGACGGAUGUACAGCUGAAGGAGGGCUAUAUGAUGACGAUUUUUUAUUUGUAAAUGGAUGGCCUAUGAAAAUGGUGAUUGUUUAAGGGGAGGCUUUAAGAGAUUACAGACUUGAUAUGAAAGAGCUUUCAUAAUUUACUCCCACCAAAAGGAAAAAAAAUUGCUUCUCACUAUGUUUUCUGACUGCUCUUUUCUUAUGCUUUGUGUAUCCUGACGUAUUAGUGCAAAACUGUUGUUAUUUGGGGUCGUUCCCCCCCCACCCAUGCCCUUCCCUCUUCAUUUUUUUUUCUUGUCUAGUUUUUAAUCUGUCUCCGGCAGUUGUGGAAAUGAUUGACUGUACUGAGUGUGGAGAAAGGAAAAAUGUCUUUCUUUUUGCUUUAUUGUCAUUAAUUCAGAAUCUGUUUUUGUUGGAUGUACCAUGUGUAAGUAAAGGUUUUAAUACAGCA